GGUGACGUCAGGGGGCGGGAUGCGGGUGGUGAAUGGGGGCAGCAUGCCGCCGCCCGGCCUCUUGCGCGCGGGCCUGCGGCUGAGUCGGGCCAUGAGCCGGUGCGUUUUGGAACCCCGGCCCCCGGGGAAGCGGUGGCUGGUGGCCGGCCUGGGGAACCCUGGAAUGCCCCGCACGCGGCACAGCGUGGGCAUGGCUGUGCUGGGGCAGCUGGCGCGGCGGCUGGGUGUGGAGGAGAGCUGGGCGCGCGACCGGCGCUGCGCCGCCGACCUCGCCCUGGCCUCGCUGGGGGAUGCCCAGCUGGUCCUGCUCCGGCCGCGGCGGCUCAUGAACGCCAACGGGCGCAGCGUGGCCCGGGCCGCGGAGCUGUUCGGGCUGACUGCCGAGGAGGUCUACCUGGUGCAUGAUGAGCUGGACAAGCCCCUGGGGAAACUGGCUCUGAAGCUGGGGGGCAGCGCCAGGGGCCACAAUGGAGUCCGUUCCUGCAUUAGCUGCCUCAACUCCAACGCAAUGCCGCGGCUAAGGGUGGGCAUCGGGCGCCCGAUGCACCCGGACGCAGUGCAGGCCCACGUGCUGGGCUGCUUCUCGCCCGCUGAGCAGGAGCUGCUGCCUCCAUUGCUGGAGCGCGCCACCGACCUGCUCCUGGACCACAUCCGGGAGCGCAGCCGGGGGCCCUCGUCGGGCCCCUGACACCAGUGGACACAGCUGCCUGCCUGCCUGCUGUGCCCACACCCAGCCACAUCCACAGAGGUCCACGCCAACCUGUGGUAUCCACUUUUUAUAUAACUCUUCUCUGGGCUGCUCCAGGCCGCCUACGGAUUAAAGGAGGGACUGUGGCCAGAAUGGUCCAUUUCUGGGAUGGGGGCUGGUCUUCUCUCUGUGGCUUACUUGGAAGGUAGGGAAACUUUGGGAAGACUAAACUUUUUGAACUUUUUUUGAGAACCAGAGGUGUGGAUCUGUAAGAUUAAAGAUGCCGGCUUGAAAGC